AUGGACAGAGUUUAUGAAAUUCCUGAGGAGCCAAAUGUAGAUCCAGUUUCAUCUCUGGAGGAAGAUGUCAUCCGUGGGGCCAACCCUCGAUUUACCUUUCCAUUUGGUAUCCUGUUCUCCACCUUUUUGUACUGUGGGGAGGCUGCAUCUGCCUUAUACAUGGUUAGAAUUUAUCGAAAGAAUAAUGAAACCUUCUGGAUGACAUACACCUUUUCCUUCUUUAUGUUUUCAUCCAUUAUGGUCCAGUUGACCCUCAUUUUUGUCCACAGAGAUCUGGCCAAAGACAAACCACUGUCAUUAUUUAUGCAUCUACUCCUCUUGGGACCUGUUAUCAGGUGUUUGGAGGCCAUGAUUAAGUACCUCACACUGUGGAAGAAAGAGGGGCAGGAGGAGCCCUAUGUCAGCCUCACCAGAAAGAAGAUGCUAAUAGAUGGCGAGGAGGUGCUGAUAGAAUGGGAGGUGGGCCACUCCAUCCGGACCCUGGCUAUGCAUCGCAAUGCCUACAAACGUAUGUCACAGAUCCAAGCCUUCCUGGGCUCAGUGCCCCAGCUGACCUAUCAGCUCUAUGUGACCCUGAUCUCUGCAGAGGUCCCCCUGGGUAGAGCUGUGCUAAUGGUCUUUUCCCUGAUGUCUGUAACCUAUGGGGCUACCCUCUGCAAUAUGUUGGCUAUCCAGAUCAAGUAUGAUGACUACAAGAUUCGCCUUGGGCCACUAGAAGUCCUUUGCAUCACCAUCUGGAGGACGUUGGAGAUCACUUCCCGCCUCAUGAUUCUGGUGCUCUUCUCAGCUACCUUGAAGUUGAAGGCUGUGCCCUUCUUAGUGCUCAACUUCCUGAUCAUCCUUUUUGAGCCUUGGGUUAGGUUCUGGAGGAGUGGUGCCCAGAUGCCCAAUAAUAUUGAGAAAAAUUUCAGCCGUGUUGGCACCCUGGUGGUGCUGAUUUCAGUCACCAUCCUCUAUGCUGGCAUUAACUUCUCUUGCUGGUCAGCUUUGCAGUUGAGGUUGGCAGACAGAGAUCUUGUUGACAAAGGUCAAAACUGGGGACAUAUGGGCCUGCACUAUAGUGCGAGGUUGGUAGAGAAUGUGAUCAUGGUCUUGGUUUUUAAGUUUUGGGGAGUCAAAGUAUUGCUGAAUUACUGUCAUUCCUUGAUUGCCCUGCAGCUUAUUAUUGCUUAUCUGAUUUCCAUUGGUUUCAUGCUACUUUUCUUCCAGUACUUGCACCCAUUGCGCUCACUCUUCACCCAUAACGUAGUAGACUACCUCCACUGUGUCUGCUGCCAUCGGCACCAUCAGCGAAGGGCUGAGAACUCAGAGCCAAGCUUUGAGACUGAAACAAGACAAAGCAUUGUCUGAUUCUAUCUUCUGAGUAUCAUGGGAUGGUUUGGGAGUUGCCAAGAUCAACUCUGAAAUUGAAGGAGAGGGUGAGGCUCAUGGAUGAGUACUCAACAGAACAUUUUCUUGAGUAUUCUGGUAAGUCUAUCAGAAGAGUGACCCCCAAAUAGGUUUUACUUCUUGGAGAUUUACUGCUAUGUUUGGAAACCAGGAGUGGAACAGUCAGAAAUAUUGUUCACACCCCUUCUACCCAGGUCAGUUGAGAUAACUGACCUCUAAGCACCUUAGGCUCUCUGUGACUUUGCAGGUCUGUUUGUUUGCUUGGGGCAAAAGAGUUUGCCCAAAAGGUGCUGAAGACUCAGAAUCUCACUAGAAUAUAUCCUGCUAAACAGAGUAUGUGGCAGCUUACUAGAUAUGGGUAUCUCUCAGGAAACCCUCUGACUAUUGUGGAACCUACAGAUAUGAGUGUGACUAGAUUCUUUUAACUCCAAUGAGAAGCUCUGACCAAGAAGAAAAAAGCCCCACCGUUAAAAGAGCUGCUCCCCAGAUGUAUUAUAUCUCUAUUAGGAUUUUACUAAUGGCCAUUCACAGGUCAUUUGCAGUGGCCUUUCAUAGGUACACCUUGAGGAGGGAGUGCAGGGUAGGGUUCCUUCAGGGUGUAAGCCAGAAUGACUCUUUUCUUAGGAACCUGCAUGGGCAUCCAGUUGUCAAGUGGAAUGGUUACUUAUUGCCUCAUUAGCAGGGAUUCCCUCUAACCCAGCUAUUCUGUGCUCUUGUCAUUUUACUAUUUGAUGUAGGCCUCAGGGAAUCUGAAAUGUAAUUGAAACUGUUUCUGUAUAUGAAAGAAAUGAAGACUUCUUUGUGUC